AAAUCAGAACUAUGCAAACAAGCCCAGCGAUGCAGAUUUAUUUCUUCUUCUCUCUCUCUCUCUCUCUCUCAAAGCAACUACGAAUUUUUUGGCAUUCACAAUGUUAUUAUAACUAGGCAACUAUUACCAAAGAGCAUAAAUCAACUAAUCCGUACAUAUCGAGAACACUCUUUUCUUCUUUCUUUCUUCAGCAUCCUAUUCUUCCUUUUCUUAACGACGUUACGAACUACCCCCCAAAAAGCUGUUUGACUUAAGCCGGCAAUGUUUUUCCUCUUGUUAAACAGCAGCUAUCUGUCGACCAGCUGAUUACCAAAGCGACUUGAUCGAUUUUUCCUUUUGUCCCUUUUUCUUAUUCGCACAACACCCUGGCCGAGCCCCGAGUUAGAGUUCUAGAGAAAGCAGGAUAUAGCACAUGCGUUGAUUUCGGGAUCUCUUAUCCAACAACGCUGGGGAACUGCAGCUAGCCCUCGAUGGGCCGUGGAUAAAAAAGAAUUAUGCGGCAGAUGAUGAGAGCAGAGGGCAAGAGAGGACGAAAAAAAUAUAUACCACAUCAUCUGUAUACACAAGAGAGGAACCUGCUCGAGGCUACCCACCGCAUUCUGUACCUGGUUGAUCAGGCAGAUUCUGGUUUUAUUCCAAUGGUUUUGACCCGCCAAUCUUUAUAUAAUACUCUCUUUUUCCUUUCUAUUAUUGUAUUUUUGCGUUGCGUUGCGUUUUUUCCUUUCCUUUCUUUUUUUUUCUGCGUCGUUUGCGUUAUUUGUUACAAGGAGGCGGCCUUACUGUUCCUUUUUGAGCCUGUCUUGAAUUUUCUCUCGCUUCUUAUUGAUACAAGUUUUCUUAAGAGAAGGGUGUUUUGGGCGCUGGAGCGUUUUUUGGAGGGCAGGGAGGAAAGGGGGGAGGGAAAGAUGGAGGUUGGAGGGCCUCUUUUUUUUGUGAUUUUUUUCUUCUUCUCUUUUUUUUUAGGUAUUUUUCUGAGAAAGAUCGAAAUACUCAAAUCCUGGAGAAAAAAGCACGGAAAUCGACUUGUCGAUGUUUUAUAUGGUGACGGUGAUGUAUGUGCGAAGAUUGGGCGGAAAUUAUGUGAAGAAUUGUAGAUUGUCAUUUAGAGAUAUUCCUUCUUUUUUUCUCCUGCUAAGCGAGCGAGGACUUGGUACAUGAGACUGUUUAUACUACUGGGUAGUAUUAUAUCGAAUUUGAGACUUUUAAAAAGAAACGAUUGCAAUUUGGCGAUACGAUAAGGGGGGGCAUUGUGAUGAGCAGCCUUGAAAAGCUUAAUUCGUCUGUAAACAAGAAGCGUAAACGCUAGCUGGUCUUUUACGCGUGUUGGCGAAGUCAAGGUUUGUUAUAGGGGCUGCCAUGUGCUAAAGACUGGAUGAAUGACGCCUACUCAAUAGCUUCAUCUUCCCCAUGCAGUGGAAUUCUAUUCCGGGAGAGACAUUAGCGGGACGCGCGUACGGACCGUUCUGUCUCAGAAUCUCAAGGGAAGGCCUCGAAUCGAAGGCUUCUAGAAAGCCAGCUGACUCUUUCAGCGCUGUCCUACGGAAGAAGACAAAAAAACGAGGCUGUAUUGUCCUAGACGGGAUGGAACGGGCAGGGCGCGCACUAAUAAGCCCUUUUCUUCAAAGUGGGAUUUCAUUGGAAAACU